AUGAUGAGAAAAAAAAAACCUGUUCACCAUUGUGGAGAGGAGAUCGAGAGGUCAAGAGGGUAUCGGAGAGGGAGAGCAUUCACUAUUUUGCCGGCACCGAGCAGAGCACACAACGGAAAAAAGAAAGAGGCGGAGAAGCUACAGUCCGACGACGGAGAAGCAGUGGUCCGGCGAGUGGCGACAGAAACCGGUGUGGGAGAUGCAGUUGGGCGGCGGCGGCGGUGUUAUUCCGGUAUUAGGAGGCUGAAAAACGGGGAGGCCAUGGCCCCCCUUGCCCCUCUUACCGUCCACCAUUUAUCAUCUACAAAACCCAGAAAUCAGCCAGAUACCCAACUCUAUACAAAGGUUGCUGGUACCCAGAUUUACUUGGAUCCCACAUACCAUGAAAGCCGCAUCCUCCGAAAAGAAUCAGAUGUAUAUUCCUUUGGCGUGGUGCUUUUUGAAAUCUUGAGUGGGAUGCUUGUUUAUGGUGAAAGAAGUUUUGGCCAUGAGCAACAGUUUCUGAUGAAUAACGUACGACGAUACCAACAGAAUGAACCAGACAAACUAAUUGAUCCCUAUAUAAGAGAUCAAAUUAACUGUGGUUCUUUUGAUACAUUCAAAGAAAUCGCAUAUCAGUGCAUUAGUUUGAAUUUAACAGAACGACCAAUGCUUGACACUGUCAUUAAAAAAAUUUAG